CUGCCUGCUGUCAGUCAUUUACCUUCCAGCUCUUCCUAAACAUCAUUUGUGUUUCUCAGGGGACUUUUGACAUGAGGCUUUACACACAAAUGGGAAGCACCUGGAUUCAAUUAUUUGUAGCUUUGAUUGUUUUUCAGAUGGCAGUUGUGUCGUCUGCAGAGGAGUCACCAUGUAAACCUGGAUUUGACUCAGAUUUGAUAUUCAAAGUGAACAAGAAGCAUCUGAAGCGAAGCACAAGACUGGGCAAAGUUGGAUUCACUGACUGCACAGAUCGUACAAGGUUUCUCUUCAGCACAGAUGACAGUUGCUUUGUGUUAACUACUGAAGGAGUAUUAACUGUAAAAAGAGCAGUUGAUCUUCAUGAUGGACAGCUGGACUUUUUUGUUCACUCCUGGGACUCACAUGGCAACAAGAUGACUGUUCCUGUCAUGGUCCUGCAACAUGGACAUCACCAUGUAAGCAGAGAUGCUGAGCAUCACCAUGGAGACCACAGACACCAGAACCAUCACAACACUGAAGUGGAUUCUGACAAUACCAAAGAGACUGCAGGACAUCCAGAUGUGGCCGUCCUUUAUUUUCCCAAGUUGAGUAAUGGACUGAGGAGGAUGAAGAGAGACUGGGUCAUCCCUCCUAUCAAUAUUCCUGAGAAUAGCAAUGGACCCUUUCCAUAUAAAAUGGUUCAGGUAAGAAACACCUAA